AUAUUUACCAGUUUUCCCCAUGAUUCUGGACCGACUUGGUCGGUAAAAUCUAAUAACACGACUUAUCUACUUUGUUUUCAUUAUAUUUUUCGUACUUGAUUAUGGAUGAAAUAUUAAGUCGGCUUGAAGAUAUAUCCGAUACCGAUCUACGAGCUGAACUACAGAAGUACGGAGUUGUUAUUGGACCCAUUUUAAAGUCAACAAGAAAUUUAUACCUUAAAAAAUUAACCAAGUUUAAAGCUAGAGAACAAGGUUUGGUUAUUGAAGAAGCUCCAGUUGUUACCGAUCCACCUGAAACGGACUUAGAAGUAGCAGAUUUUAAAAAACCUGCGAAUAAUUUUAAGGAAUCCGUUACAUUAGCCAAUUCAAAUGGUUCUUCAGAUAAAAUUUACUAUGCUGUCUCCCAGCCACCCAAAAAAAGCCCAUACAGUAAUGGCCUGGAAAAUUGGAUAUUCACCGAUCAAUUAUCAGCGUGCAGGGCCGCUAAAAGUGUGCCUGGUGCCCGCUUUAAAAACUUUUCGUCGUAUGCAGAUGCUUUAGAAUUUGCGUCCACUCCUGCGCCCCUUCCAAACACCUUAAUGAGAGGCGAUGAACCGAAGCCAGCAAACGACUUACCUAGUUUAAGGAAACAAGACCUCAAUAAGUUACGCCACUUGAUCGAACAAGACAAAUACGAUGAAUUUGAAGACACCAUUAGGAGUAAUGCUAAAUAUCUUGUUAAUUCAGCUAAUGACUUACCAACCAUUCUUAAAGAAGGAGUUCGUUAUAAUGCGCUUCAUGUUUGCGCUACACAUAACAGAGACGCUUUUGCGAAAUUAAUAAUUAAGUUAAUCAAGGACAAAACCCUGAUGAAAGAGAUGUACUCAAGUAGUGACGAUGAUCUAAUAACUGAUAAAACAGAUAUCUUACUACACUCUUAUAUAAAUGGUUGCGACGGUAUUCGCGGUGAUACUCCAUUACAUCUCUCAGCCCGACUAAAUCAUUGGCAAAUUGCUAAAGUAAUACUGCAGGAACCUAUUUUGGAGAGAAACCGUGUAAAUAAAGAAAAAGAAAAAGUAGAAGAUGUUAUAGGUGAUCGUGUAAAAACUAGUCGAGAAGAUAAAGAAAAGUUUAUGAAACUGCUUCGUGAUUGUUAUUAUGUACCAAUUUUGAGAGCAGAAGAUUUCUCAUCACCGCCUCAAAUUGGUGAAGCCGUUCAAACUCCUCCUAGAACUGCUAAAAUUGGUCAGAAUUCUUCACCUUUACGAGUUCAUGCUCUUGCAGGACCAAUGAGUGCAGAAGAUGCCUCAAAUUUUAAAAAAAUUUGUACUUCCCCAAUGAAGAGGGCAAUUAGAUGUCGAGAUUUAGAAAAAGGUAUGGAAAAAGUUGGACGUUCUGCAGCAAAAGAUAUGAAAAUAGGUUUCUCAGAGUAUUGGGAAUUUUUAGACGAUUUUGCUGAUUUUAGCACAAUAGAAGGUCUCCAAAAAUUAGAGGAUUUUUUGUCCGUCAAAUACGAUUACGCCGACGAUAUUGGCGAUAUUACAAAACAAUUAGAAAGUUUAAUAUUAAAUUCUCCAAAAUCUACUAAGCAAGCUGACGAAGUCAAUGAAGAGGUCUUUCACGAUGCCCAAUGUUGUGGUAUGUGUAACGAGUGCACAGUAAAUGGUGACUCUUUUAUUGAAGAUCUAGAAUCGGAGCCUGUCUUUCUAACCGGAUUGAAUGCUACAAAACUUGAUGCUGAAGUCUUUCAAGCAGUCGAAGAAGCUGGAAAAGAUAAAAUUGACUUGAAAACCUUUCCCAAAGUUGCUUUAUGGAGAAAGAAUGUGUUACAUCACAACCAAUACGAGAAAAUGUCAGAUUGGUCCAGUCCUAAACCUAAAUCAUUUCAAAUAAGAAGAACUGAAUUGAAUCCUAUUUUUCCAGAUAUUUAUUAA